UGAUGUUGAAUUUGCCGCUUGCCCAUAAAAUUGGUUUUGUGUCUAAAGACGUGCGUGUCAGAAGGAUUCAUCUGUGUUACGUAUCAGCAGAGGAAAUCGUAGAAUCACAUUAAAAGCAUGGAGACUGAGCUGAUAUUACCAUUUAUGUAGUACAAAUAACAGCAUGCUUCUAUAGUUAGGUGUAUUGUUUUGGCACAUUUUGUGAUGCUGAAUGUGUUACAAAAUUCACUGACGGCCUUCUAUUGUUUCAGUUUUAACAUUGUGUGUGUGCUGUAUAGCCCAUUAGACACUUUUAAUAAUUUGAAUUAUUUUUAUAGUAUUUGACACUGGUAGAAUUAACUGUAGGCGAGAUACUCUGUUUCGAAUUUGUCCGUAUAUCGUCAGUGCUGAAUGUGUUCCCACUUCAGAAAUAUAUUUAUUUCGAAAAUAGUAGAGACAAAAUGACUCCAGUUCCGAGCAAUCUGAGCUGAAUAGGCGACAACAGCUUGUCCACUAGAGAUAUAGCCACUAGCAAAUGACAUAAUCAACUGACGUUAAAAUACGUACCUGUGAUCGCAUUGUUAUUGAUUUCAUCCAUUCUUUUUAAAUAGGCCAUUGAAAAUUACAAAUGGAUGCUAAAGAAAUAAAACUGUCACUUAAAGAUGCACGAGAUGCUAUAAAAGACAAAGAUUUCAAAACUGCUCUACAGCAAUGUAAGGCUGUUCUGAAAAGUGACAGAAAUAAUUAUACUGCGUUAGUACUGUUUGGUGUGGCACUACAAAACUCAGACCAGAAAGAUCAAGCUCCUAAGGCAUUCAGGAAAGCUAUUGAAGUUUCGCCAAAACAGAUACUAGCUUGGCAAGGGUUAGCAUCUUAUUAUGAGAAGGAAAAAACUGAUCAUGAAACAGAUCAGAAGGAGCUUCUUCCAGUUUAUCAGCAGUUGAUUUCACUUGAAAGUGAUGAAGCAAAAGUUGAAGAAAUAUGCAACAAAUUGGUCCUGUUGGCAUUGAAAUUGCCCUGUGUUGAACAGUGUGUUGAAAUUUUAAUGGCAGAAGGGAAACACUAUUCUCCAGAAAAGCAGAAAAUGAUACGGAGAACGUUGGCUUCUAUAUUAAUGCAGGAGAAGGACCUUUCAUCAAAGUUGGCAGCAGUGCUAGAAACAUGUCUGGGAAUUAUUGUCAAGGAAUCAUCAUCAGAAAACAUUGAAGAAUAUUAUAAAAAAUAUCUCAGGUUGUUAUAUAAAAACAAAAAAAUCACAUUAUUGUUAGAGGAAGCAAGACACAUGCAUUUGUUAUACCCAGACUCUGAGUUUCCUUUGGAAUGGAUUUGUAAAGUUUACAGUGAACAGACAGCACAAGGCGCGGAAGAGUCAAACAUGAUUGAGAACAACAUUGAAGAGUAUUACAAAAAGCUGGAGGCUCUUAACUCUAAAUCAAGCAUGGCACUGCUUGCAAAAGGAGCUGAAUUGUUCAAAAAUAAAAAUUUUAUAGAAGCAUGUGACGCCUUAACACAAGUUAUUCGUGUAUUUCCUCAGUCAAGUUAUGUUUGGAUCUUGCUUUGCCAGUGUUAUCUGCACACCCAUUGUUACAGUGAUGCAGAACACUGUGCAAAAGAAGCAUUGAAAACAAUUAUGAAGCAAGCUAUAGAUGAGAACUUUUUACUUACCAUAUUAGUGAAGUCAUUGUCAUUACAAAAUGAAGAAGAAAAGUUGACAGAAGCAGUCGACAAAUGUAGUAAGAUCUUGCUCAAAGACCCAGGUAACCUUGGUAUAAUGGAAAGCCUGACCAGAGCACACAUUAUGCUUGGAAAUGAGAAUGAAGCUAAGAAGUGCCUGCAGGCAGUUCAGAGUGAAGGAAGAUCAACAGUGGCUGUAGCAUUACUAUCUUCCCUCAGCUUAAAAAGGCAGAAUAAACUGAAAGAGGCUGUGGAACAGCUUGAUGCUGCAGUUUUGCAAGAACCUAGUUCUGCAGAGCUGUGGUUGGAGCUUGGUAAACUACACUGGGAAGAAGAAAGAUACAAUCUAAGUUUGGCAGCAUUGUUGAAGGCAACAAAACUGGACCCUCAUUGCUAUUCUUGUUAUGUAUAUCUGGGUCAUUACUACAGUCUUAGCGCUAAAGAUUUGGAUAAGGCACGGCGUUGCUACCAGAAGGCUUUUCGUCUUAAUCCACAUUGCAGAGAAGCUGGAGCGGCACUCAGUGACAUAUACAGGCUCCAGAUGAAUCCAGAAGCCAAUAUCCAGCUCUUGACCUAUGUCACCCAGACUAGUGGAUUUGCUAAAGCAAAGUGGGCUUGGCUGCGUCUUGGACUUCACCACACAGAACAGGGCAACCAUCAGGAAGCAAUCAGUAGUUUUCUGUCUGCUAUCAGGGCUGAUCCAACUGACAGUCACUGCUGGGAGAGUUUGGCUGAUGCAUACUAUGAGCGAGGAGCUUAUACAGCAGCUCUGAAAUCUUACCAGCGUGUUCUAGAAUUAGAACCAGAUGCAGUUUAUCCCGCAUUCCAAAUGGGCACCAUCAAACAGAUUGUUGGGUCUUAUGAAGAGUCAAUAGAGGAAUUUAAGAAUUUGUUAAGCAAAAAUCCUACAUAUGUACCAGCACUGAAAGGCCUUGGAGAGACAUGUUUAUAUCUAGGCGGAAGCUAUUUUUCUCGCCAGUUGCUUGGCUGUUGUAGAGAUAGUUGCCAGGAUGCUGUAGAUGCCCUCUCAAAGGCUGUUGGAGAACACAAAGAUUUAUCUUGUUUGUGGAAAUUACUUGGUGAUGCUUGCACAUUGGUAGCACAACUACCAGAGCGUUAUUCCCAUUUGUGUAUCAAGAGAUGGAUUACACAUCCUUCGGGAUGUGAGGGAGAACGUGAACUUUUACUCCUGGACAAAGAGAAUGUGUUUCAGCAAGGAGUGAGGUGUUAUUGUCGAGCACUGAGCCUGAGUCCAAACAACAGCUUGAUAUGGCAUGACGUAGCACAUGUUUACCACUUGCAAGCUAAUUAUAUGCAGUCAUCAAAUGUGAAAAAACAGCUACAAGAACAUGCCCUUGCAGCUGUUAAAAAAAGCAUUCUGCUGGACUCAAAGGACUGGAAACACUGGAACUUGUUAGGUGUAAUAGCAGCAUCUGUAGAACUAAGCAAUUUGGAUCUUGCCCAGCACGCAUUCAUCAAGUCCAUACAGCUGGAGAACAAUAAUGCUAUAACAUGGACUAACUUGGGAACUUUAUAUUUAUAUUUAAAUGAAAUCCAUUUGGCUCAUGAAGCAUUCAAAGUAGCCCAGAGGUUUGAACCAUCCUACACUGAGAGUUGGAUUGGCCAGGCUUUGAUAGCUGAAACCUUGAACCAUGAAGAUGCUAUGGACCUAUUUCGACACACGACACAGUUGGGAAUCCAUAUGGAGAGUUGUAUUGGAUACUCUCAUUGUGUCUUAUCCACUCUGAAAACGUCCACAAAUCAGAAUGACCCCAAUUAUAUAUACAGCAUUGAGAAGAUGUAUGCUAUUCCAGUGGCUGAAAAUGCUAUGGUUUGGUACACAGGUCACAUUACUGAGAAUGCUUGUGCAUAUAAUAUGCUGGGAUUGCUGUUGGAAAGACAACAAUUGUAUCGUGGGGCAGCAGAAGCUUUUGAAAGAGCCCAGAAGCUGCUGAAAACAGAUGAGGACUCUGCCCUGAGUGACAUGGUGCAUAGCAAUCAUGGGCGAAUAUUGGUUCAGUUGCACCAGUAUGAAGAUGCCAUCUGUCACUACCAAGAAGUUAAGAAAGCUGACUUCAUUAUACAAUGUGGCUUGUCUUUGGCAUAUUAUAAAGCCAAGAAGUUUGAAGAUUCGUACACAGCAUAUGAGACGGCUUUGGAAUGGCUUGCCCCAACAGAUGGUCUGAAGUCUCAUGUUCUAGUAGCUAUGGCAGCAGUGGCUUACAUGUGUCAAGGAGUGGAGGAUUCUAAAACAUUACUGUUUGAAUGUAUCAAAUUAAAGCCUCCUUCAGUUCAGGGACUGUUUGCAUUCUGCUCACUUGGUAUGUUGCACUCUGACCUCACAUUGGCAGAACUGGCUCUCAAAGAACUUGAGCCACACAAAGAUGGCCCUGAGUAUGUGUCUCAUAUCGCUGUCUUCAAGGCUUAUAUACAUUUCUUGCAGGGUCGCAGUGCAGAGGCAAUCCGAGCGUUGAGCAGCACAGUUCAUAGACAUCCUGGACAGCCAUCUUUAUGGUUGGCACUUGCAUUGCUUCUCCUUCAUCUGUACUCAGAGUGCAAGCCUUCAGGGGCUGCUCGAUGUGCACAAGUUGCUAUGGCUCUUGGUCGCAAUAUGAUGGACGUGUCAAAGGUGAUGUCACUUGUAAGCCUAAGCCACCUUCUGUCAGGCAGUGCAGUUGAAAGUUUAAGGAGUUCUCAGAAGGCUGUGCACAUGUUUCCUGAUAUUCCUGAGAACUGGAUAGUGUUAAUCGCUUCUUUCAUGCCACGGUGUUUCCACCAACACUCAUCAGAAGAUGCGCUGUGGCUGAAGUGUCUUAUUGGCCAUGUACGAAGGAAACUAGAUGCCUCACGUCAAAUGAGUCAAUGGCUGAGUAACUAUGAACGUAAAGUGACACUUAUUGCAGAAGAAUAUAGAAAACAGUAGUUCUGAGGUUUUUGCCUUUACAAACGCAGGUAUUUAAAUCAAAUUUGACGUAUUAUGUGGAUCUAAAUAUACUUCCAGAAUUGUUUUUUCUUCUCCCUGAUAUAAUGCUUUGUUUCAAUUCAGAGCUGUAUCCACAUUUAUAGUAAUACAGCAUUUAUCAGUGAAAAUACAUUACACAAUUCGGAAAUAUAUUUUCUUUAGUUUUUAACAUAUUGUUUAUUUCAAAUACUUGCAAGAUGUGUUACCCUGAAAUUAAAUUUGGUCACCAAUCUCA